AUGAUCUGGAGAACUGUGAUGCUAGCCGUGAUGUCCUGAUUAAGAAAGCCUGGGAGACAAGAGAUGCUGCUGUUAAGAGGAAGAAUAAUACAGAGAUAGAACUAGCCAAGACCAGGAUAGAUGUUAUGCAGGUAAACUCUCAACUAAUGGAAGCAGUACAACAAAAAGUGUCCUUGAGUCAACAACUGGACCAAUGGCAGCAAGAUGUACAGGAACUUUUAAUGGAGAACAUGAACAAGAAAAUGGCGGCGGGCCGGAAGUCCGGCGCAGACUCCGAUACCGGUUCUAACCAGAAUCAACCAGAACGGAAGAAAUCCUCUAAAAUUCUCGCUUUUCUCAAACUUGGACCUCCAUGACAUCACGUUUUUGACGAGAAAGAGGAGAUUGAAGCAGAGGAAGCAGAGAAAAAUACAGAAAUCUGUGAAAUAAAAAGUACGGACAGGGACAACUAAAAAAAAUGGCCGAGACAACCUCAAAAAUCUGCGAAACACUAGCUGAUAUUUUUUAUGAUAAUCAGGGUAGAAUCAUUCUUACAAAAUUAACAAAACAUAUAUUUAUAUUUAUCCUUGAUUAACCAGAUCAAUUAUACAUAUUAUGUAUCUCUAAA